GUUCCAUUCCAUGUGUUUCAUUGUUUCACACACGUGCAGCAUGUUUCCAGUAAAAAGAUUUAUGUUUUGUGGCAAACAUGACCGGGGUGAACGUUGAUUUAAAAAGACUCAAAUCAUUUAAGGAAGAUGUAUUGCAGACUUAUUUGGAUGUAUUUGAGGAUACUCCGCUUUCCAAUAUGCAGCAUGCAGAUUUGGUUAUACGGCAGAUAACAUCACUUCUAUCCGAUAAAAGUACACGUUUGCUUGGGAUGCGUUGUCUUCAAAAGGUUUUAAAUCAGUUCACUGCAGAAAUGCUUGAACCAAAAGCUAUGUUAUGGACAUCAUUAAUUUUGAAAGAUCUAUCCUCUCACGAAUUUCCGGCCAACGUAGAUAUUGGAUUUGCUGUAAUAGGUAUGAUUGCCACUGGAAUGAAACAAUCAUCAGACCUGUCAAAGUCUUUCGGCAGUAAUUAUAUUGGAAGUAUUCUAGAAACUUGUUCAAAAGUUUCAUCACAAAAUUACUUGUCUUCUUUAAGAUGUUUAGAAAUCUGCCUGCGAUUAUAUCCUGAAUAUAGCGGUCCACAUAAAGAACUUGUGCAAAAAUACGUUAGUAACUUUAUGGAUAUGACUAACAAAAAAUUAACUAUACAAAGUGGAAAAUGUACACUUCUUUUACAACAAGUUCGUGCCAGAAAUGUAAAUAACUUCAAUCUAAAGACUCAAUGGAAGAAUUAUCAACUGAAUUUAUUGAAAUCGUUACAAGUGGUUAUUAAUCUAAUAAAUCCAAGUAAUUUAAAUGUUGGUGCUAUAUAUCUUGAUGAAGAAUCUUUUGCACCAAAAUUAAAAUUAAGUGCAGAACCAAUACAACGCAGUAUUGAAAUUUUUACCCGUUUCAGCAAUUUAGCAAAUUAUUUUGUUAUAGCUUUAAGUGAACCAUAUCCCACCGAAAAACCUGUUAUGGUAAAAAAGGUUUUUGAUUUAAUAGAUGCUGGAUUAGUUACUGGUUUUAAAGUUCUUCAAAAUAAUGCGAUGUCCGAAAAUUUCUUAAAAAUUUUGUUGCCUGAAAUUUUUUUAAAACUGAUACAAGUCCUCGAGUCAUUAAUUAAAAUAUUACAAGGUCAUCUCAAAGUUUAUUAUCAUAAAGUGUUUGAGAUAUUCUCCAGCAUUUUAAAAGUAACAUCUAAUGAAAAGGAAACUUUAAAUUGCGAACGAUUCAAGUCUGUGCGAGUAAAGAUUUACAAUGUCAUUUCUGGUUGGUGUUCUAUGUUUGGGAAUGGAAGCCGUUGUGAAGUAAUUGCACAUACUGUAAUUGAAAAUAUUUUUAAAGAUGUGAUCCCGAUGCAAUUCGAAACUCUGAUAAAAGUAACAAGCAGUUCAUCCAAAGCAAAAAAUACUCAACAACAUAAACAAAAUAAUGACAAUUUAAACACAAAAAAAGGUCACAUUGAACUUUGUAUAAGUGCAUUGCGUUGUUUGGAGCAAAUAUUAUUUUCAUCCUCAAACUUUCUUGAACUGGAUACAUUUAAGGCUGUACAACUACAUAUUUUAAAUACUUGUGCGAAAUUUUAUGAGCUGCCAUUUAAACAUAAUAAUGUAUAUUCAAAUUGGACGUGUCGUUAUGAAAUGUGUAAUGUUUUAAAAACUAUGUUUGUAAUGGCACAUCCAUUAUAUCCACCACCAACGGAAAUGGUAUUUCAUAUUUUAAAAAACGCUUUUAUUAAAGAUGAUUCCCAAAAAGUUCGAAACUACUGUGGUGAAAUUUUAAUGAAUUUUGAAAGAAUUGUACAUCCACAAAAGGAAAGUUUAGCUUUUACAGAUGUAGGAGAUCGAAACUCAAAACUAAUACUACAUAAUGAAUUCGUAUCAGCGAGGGCAGAUAAUAUAAACACAAAAUCUUAUUUCCACAAAUCUACUAUGACAGAAAGUAACAAUGAUUUGGAAAGUGAUUUUCUAAAUAAUGAAGCUAAUACAACAAGUUUUGAAACAAAUUCUGAUAUUCAAAAACUUACCACAAGAGAAAACAACAUAGAUUUGACAAGUGAUGCACUAAAUAAUGAUGAAGACAAAAAUAUGACUCUGAAUAAAUUAAAUGCCGUUAAAGACUUCUCGAUUGAGUCCAAUCAGGGUGAAAUUCCUAAUGUUAAUACUAAUGAAGUUGAAAAUCUUGAUCAAACAGUUCAAAAUAUAAGUUUUAUUCCUGUACAAACUAGAAAAAUUGACUCUCCUAAUAACGAUACCAAAAGAAUUAAAUUGCAAAGUAAUGAUACAAGUAUAAGCAAAGAUACAUUUAACACUAUAAUUGAAGAUGAUAACUGCAGUUUAGACUCUAUUGAAGCAGCCUUUGUAGACGAAUUAAAUUAAUUAAACAGCAUCUUUUUAUUUAUUUCAUGUUAAAUAAUUGUAAUAUCUUAAUAAACCUAAAUAUUUUUCUCUGUACUUAUAAAGUAAUGUCAUUGUCACACAUUUGUCUUACAAGCAAAUGAGAUCAUGUCG